CUCCCAAGGCCCUAAACCCCUGCAAAACCUCCACACUGUACAGAAACCCUUCGCAGUUUGCAGCCACCAUCCUCAUUGACCCAUUUCCUCGCGCCACCUGAUCGCCUCCACCCACCACAACCCCACCAGGCCACCACCACCACCACAACCCCAACCAACCAUGUCUUUUCUGUCCCGCCUCCUCCACCGCACAUUCUCCACCUCUCCCUCCAAAAGCCCACCCCAACCCAACACCAUGGAGUCCCUCUCCACCGCCCUCUACAAGGAGCGCAACCUCCGCACCCUCGUCGACAAAUUCAAGUCCUCCUCCGACAACCCCCGCUUCCGCACCAAGACCGGCAUCUACGACUCCACCGUCCGCCGCCUCGCCUCCGCCAAAAAAUUCCGCUGGGUCAAAGAAAUCCUCGAACACCAAAAGCAGUACCACCACGACAUCUCCAAAGAAGGCUUCACGGCUCGCCUCAUCUCCCUCUACGGGAAAUCGGGCAUGUUCGAGCAGGCGCACAAGGUGUUCGACGAAAUGCCCGACUUGAAAUGCGACCGGACGGUUAAGUCGUUCAACGCCCUGUUGGGGGCUUGUGUUAACUCGAAGAAGUUUCACAAGGUUGAUAUGUUGUUCCGUGAGUUGCAAGAGAAGUUGGGCGUUAAGCCUGAUGUAAUUUCGUAUAAUACGGUGAUCAAGGCAUUUUGCGCGAUGGGUUUGUUCGAUUCGGCCUUGUCGAUCGUUGAUGAGAUGGAGAAGAAGGGUGUGGAGCCUGAUUUGAUUACGUUUAAUACAUUGCUUGAUGGGUUUUACUGGAAAGGUCAGUUCGUGGAUGGGGAGAAGAUUUGGAGAAAGAUGGAGAAGAGUAAUGUGUUGCCUGAUAUUAGGAGUUACAAUGCAAAGUUGGUUGGGUUGGUUUCUGAGAAGAAAAUGAUUGAAGCGGUUGAGUUAGUUGGGGAAUUGGGUUCCAAGGGAGUCGAACCUGAUGCUCAAAGCUAUAAUGCUUUGAUUAGGGGCUACUGCAAGGAUGGAAAUUUGGAGGAGGUUAAGAGGUGGUAUGGAGAAUGGGAAAAGUAUGAUUGUGGCCCAGAUAGAGCAACGUUUGCGACGCUCAUUCCGUUUCUAUGUGAGAAGGAUGAACUUGAUUGGGCUUUUGAACUAUGCAAGGGCGUUAUUACUCGGCGACGCCUCGUUGAUGGAGCAGUGUUGCAGGUUGUGAUAGAUGCGUUAGUUAAGGAGUCCAAGAUCGAAGAAGCUAAAAAGCUUGCGGAGAUGGGGAAAUCGAAUAGUUACACUCGAUACAAAGUAAAAGUACCUUCACAGGAUUAGUUCCAUUGUCUGCUGUAUUUCUUUGUUGAUCUUGUAUUUUGCUAUGCACUUCCUUCUAAUUAAGACAGAUGUGUUUCUUGUCAAGAGACCGGAGUUUUUACUGAGCUGUGGGUUUAUAUUCAAUGGAAUUUGGAUCAA